AUGGAUAAGCUAUACGGAAACUAUGACAAAGUAUUUGAAAAAUAUAAAAACAACAAUUUGUGCAAAAGAAAGAAUGAAAAGGAAGAGAUAGACCAGGGCAGCAAAAAGGAGGGCAAGGAAAAAAAGGGGCAGGAGAAGACGAUGUCCGAGAAGAGGGGGCAGGAGAAGACGGUGCCCGAGAAGACUGCUCCCCAAAAGAAGGCUAUAAAGCGAAACAAUCCCCCUUGCAGCGAAGCCCCACAGGGCCUGUCAGCUCACCAAGAAAAUGCGACGCCGGGUUUCCUUCCCGAUUGUGCCCCCAAGGGUAAAAAGAAUAACGACAGGAGCGGCAACAAAAGAGGAAACAGUGUGAGUGCUAGCCAAGUCAGCAAUAACAUGAAUUGUAGCAUAAACCCAGCUAUAAACCCGAAUCGUCACAGCGUCCCAAGCAACCACACUAGCUGCGCUAAUCACCCGAGGGAUCGGUCCGUAAAUGAGUACAAAAUCAGGAAAAAAGUGAGCAUAGAAAUAAACCAGAAAAUUUACAGCGAUUCUGAGAAGACACAUUUUGAUGAUAAAUCCUUUUUCAAAAACAAUUUUGGAAUAUGCGAAAAUAAUCAUCACAAUCAGAAUGUGAAAAAAAAAAAACUGAAAAAUGAUGACCAAAAGGCGAAAAAGAUGUUAAACAAAAAAAACAAAACGAAGCUUUUUGUAAAUUUGCUAUUUGUCAUGUACUAUAUAUUCUUCCUUUUCCAUUACAUCAUCGAAAUUCAAGUAAAUCAAAUAUACAACAUCGUUAUUAACACGUUUACAAUUAUAAUCAUCACCGUACUUUUAAGUUAUAUUCACUUUCUGCGCACACGCAAUAAAACAUUAAAAAAAAUAAUCUUCUACAUAACUACGUACAUAAAUUUGCUGUAUUGUUUGCACAUUUACAACACCUUCACUUAUUGGUUAAAUAUUUAUCUCAACUUUACCAUGAGUAAGAGGAUUUAUUUAAAAUACAAAACAUUAUUUAAGAAUGUUUCCUUUGUAUUUUCCUACUUCAGUUUUGAUGAAGUUUUUCUUUUUCUUUUAAUUUUUUACGGCCUCUUUUUCGUCACCACUUCCAUCUUAACCUUUACUCUGUUUUAUUAUAUAUACAACUUUAUAAAUUAUUCCUUUUGA